AUGGAUGACCAAUACGAAUCCCGGCUCAGAUUCGAGAUCGCAACUAUUGAGCAAGCGGCGGAAGUGACUGCCCUUGUGAACUCAGCCUUCCGCAGCGAGCCCACCAGUCAGACCUGGCUUCAUGAUUCGCAAGAAAAGCGUAUUGACGUUCUGCCGCUCGAAGCGACGCAAGAUAUCAUAAAAUCUUCCGACAGCUUUUUCCUCAUUGGCACAAUUAAAGAUAAUCAGGACAUUGUCGCAUCGUGCCUCGUGCGUAAACCUUCGACCCCGCCAGCACCACACAUGAGCAAUGGAGCAGCCUGGUUUGGUCUACUGGCUGUGAGAACCGAAUACCAUGGCAGAGGAUACGGGCAGGCUACCCUGCAGGAGGCUGAGCAUUUCGUCAGGUCGAGUUGGGGUGUCAAACGUCUGGAGAUGGACUAUGUGAAUACACGCGUUCAGUUGGGUGCAUGGUACGAGCGCUGCGGUUACAGUGCCACUGGCAAGCGGAGAGAGUUCCCAUAUGGUGACAAAGGCAGGGAGAUAUUCGCUGAUGGGCUCGAACUGCUAGUCAUUGGGAAGAAUUUGAGGAUGGAUGAGGAUCUGUAA